GCUAUGGACAGUGCCAUCACCCUGUGGCAGUUUCUCCUUCAGCUCCUGCAGGAGCCUCAGAAUGAGCACAUGAUUUGCUGGACCUCUAACAAUGGGGAGUUCAAGCUUCUGCAGGCAGAAGAGGUGGCUCGUCUUUGGGGAAUUCGCAAGAACAAGCCCAACAUGAAUUACGACAAACUCAGCCGAGCCCUCAGAUACUAUUAUGUAAAGAAUAUCAUCAAAAAAGUGAAUGGUCAGAAGUUUGUAUACAAGUUUGUCUCUUACCCAAAGAUUUUGAAAAUGGACCCAAUGACAGUGGGCAAGAUUGAGGGCGAUGGUGAAACUCUGAACUACAGUGAAGUUAGCAGCACUUCCAAAGAUGUGGAGAAUGGGGGGAAGGAGAAACCUCAGCCUGGUACCAAGACCUCUAGCCACAAUGACUACAUACACUCUGGCUUGUAUUCCUCAUUUACUCUCAACUCUUUGAACACCUCCAAUAAAAGGCUUUUCAAGUCAAUAAAGAUGGAGAAUCCUGCUGAGAAACUGGCAGAGAAAAAAUCUCAGGAACCAACACCAUCUGUCAUCAGAUUUGUAACAACACCUUCUAAAAAGCCACCCAUUGAACCUAUUGCUGCCACCAUUUCAACUGACCCAACUAUUUUAUCUUUUGAAGAAACUAUUCAAGCAUUAGAGACCUUGGUUUCUCCCAAACUGCCUUCCCUGGAAGCCCCAGCCUCUGUGUCCAGCAUAGCUGCCAGCUUUACCCCCACACCUCCCAUUCCCUCCGUGCCCCCUUCCUUGAAGGAGCUUCCCCGGACACCAUCUCCACCUCUGAGUUCCAGCCCAGACGUCAACACGCAGGUUGACACAGUGGCUUCUCAGCCUGUGGAGCUUCCAGAGAACUUGUCUCUGGAGCCUAAAAAUGAAGGUUCACCUUUGCCAGAAAAGGAUAAAACAAAUAAUUCAUCAAGAUCCAAGAAACCCAAAGGGUUAGAACUGGCACCUACCCUUGUGAUCACAGGCAGUGACCCAAGCCCUCUGGGAAUAUUGAGUCCAUCUCUUCCUACAGCUUCUCUUACACCAGCGCUGUUUUCACAGACACCCAUCCUGCUGACUCCAAGUCCCUUGCUCUCCAGCAUCCACUUUUGGAGCACACUUAGCCCUGUCGCUCCCCUGAGUCCAGCCAGACUGCAAGGUGCUAAUACACUUUUCCAGUUUCCUUCUGUACUGAAUAGUCACGGGCCGUUCACCCUGUCUGGCCUGGACGGACCUUCCACUCCUGGCCCGUUUUCCCCGGACCUGCAGAAGAUAUAGUGUAUGCACUUGUGGUGUAAAAGACUCAAGGAACACAGAAAUGGAGACAUUCAACCUGAUGGCAUUGAAAUGAGAAGUUGUCUUUAUCAUUUUUGCCAUUUCCCACUGAAACACCUUUUUCAGGCUUCUCUUUGAAUAGAUUUCAAGUUAGACUGUGUGAAAUGCCUUAAUUGGAGUCCACCUCCAUAUCCUUAUCUUUUUUUAUGUUGAGCUAAGUGCUAAUGUUAUUUUGGAGGGGUGUAGCUGCUGUGCUUUGCAAGAGUGAUUAAGGAUGAAGUUACUCCUCCUGCCUAUCAGGAUUUUUUGGCUAGUAAGAAAAUUGUGCUUAGUUUAUUAUUCUAAGAAAAACUAGUUAAAUGAAAUUGGUUGUGUCUUUAGGACUGAGUGUGCUCUGCUGAACAAGCGAACAUGAGCUGUUUAUCAGUAGUGGGAGAAAAAUAAUCCUUUCCUAGUCAUACAAAAUAAGAUUGGAACAGUACCAUUGUGCAGACUUUGUUUUGCUAUGAAUUGUAGCGUGUGGCUAUGGAAGCAGUUGUACAGGAGGCAUCUUGUUCACUUGUAUGCAGUGGAUCUCCUAGCCACAUACAUGGUCUCAUCUUACCUGUUGAGCACAAGGGUUAUUCUGUAUAACAUAAGAUUUUUAAGCUUGGGAUUUAAGAGGGUUUUAAGACCAUCGUGUGAGGUUAUAGGACCUCCUGUCUAGUAUAGAAAUGCUGCUGGCUGGUAUGUUUGCAUAUCCACAGAGCAUAGUGUGGUCAAUGAUGACUUUUAUCAGGAUGGACAAGUUCAACUGAAUACCUUAAGAUAAUACGAAGGGCCUGUCCAAGUAUUAGAAGAUGCUGGGGGGAGGGACUGUGUCUUGUCCCUGAUCAUUUUACCCCAUUUUCUUCUGUAGAUUUGUCACCUUUCCUUCUAAACCUAAAGCUUUGAGGUGUUGUGACAAUAUUAAAUGCCAUUGAGAAAGUGAAACCUUCAGUCAAUAAUGAAACAGAUGUGCUUGUUCAGCUUCUUUCUUUCUUGCUUUCUUUCUUUGUUUUUUAUUGUAUUUGGUACAGGGUCUCACUACACAGAUUG